UCUCCUGAGGCGUCGUCUGAUGAUUGAUUAAAAAUAUGAACCAGUUCAACUACUGAAUGUUGGAUGUUUGUUGGUUUUCAAGUCCUGAUUAUUGUAGACCCCCUCCCCUCCCCCGUCUAGGAUUAGUGUGUUAAGCUGCUGGACUGUUGCUGCAGGUUUUGGUUCCAGGAUGAAAUCGACUGCUUCGGUUCUGCUGCUGCUCUGCUGCUCCUUCCGUCAAGGAUGGGCAGAGGCUUCUGUCCGGCCGCAGGACAGUGACGUUCUGAAGCAGGACGGCGUCCAGGCGGUGGAACUUCCCGUCCUCUGGGACGAGCUGCUCGGUCUGAGAGAGCUGGUGCUGAGCAUGAAGUCGGAGGAGGUGGAGCGACGCCAGGCCCUGAGAACCCUGGAGAGCCGGCUGAGGGACAGGGAGGUGGAGGCUGAGCAGCAGAGACGAAGCCUGGGACAACUGCAGGAAACAGUGGAGGGACAGACAGAGCAGCUGAGGAGGACAGAGGACAACAAGAAGCUGGAGACAGAGAUAAACUCCAGACUGAUGCAAAGGGUGGAGGAGGUGGAGGAGCAGAGCAAAGCUGUAGCCGCUCAGCUGACGUUCCUUCAGACCAGACUAAGGGCCAGCGAGAACACGGUGGAACAGCUGAGGAGGAAGAGCACUGUCCUGGCAGCUCGACUGUGUAACACUGAAAGUCUGAUGGAGGAACUGAGGACACAGAUCUCAGAGUUUCCAGUGUCCAACAGUUCAUCUGCAACAACUCCUGAUGAGUCUGAGAGUCAACUGAACAUCCGUCUGCAGCAGCUGAUUAAUAACUCAGAAGAUCGAUUCUCUGAACUGUCAAAGAAACUGAACUCCAGUCAGCUGCACCUGGACGAGCUGAGGAGGAACUCUACAGAUCAAUCAGGUCGACUGGUUUCUGUAGAGAAUCAACUGAUGGAGGUCGAGAGGCGAUGCUCAGUUGAGUCAGCAAAUGUGUCAGUUCUGUCUGACAGACUGAACAAAGUUGAACAUCGACUGGAUGAACUGAAGACAACACCAGAUCUCAGCAGAUCGUCACCUCUGGAAGAACACCUGUCAGAUGUGAAGAAUCGGCUACUACAGCUGGAAACCAACUCCUCAGAGUUGUUCAGCAGACUGAGAGUCAGCCAGAAACAGCUGGAAGACCUGAAGACAGAAAACACAGAUCAAACCUCCAAACUGAUGGAGCUGCAGAGAAAACUGAACAUGACUGAGAGUCUCCAGGACAAAGUGAACACAGAGUUGUUCAGCAGACUGAGAGUCAGCCAGAAACAGCUGGAAGACCUGAAGACAGAAAACACAGCUCUACAGGUCAGACUGCAAGACGAUGAGGAUCAGCUGGACGUCCUGAAGACACAAAACACAGUCCAUGACACUGAGCUGUCGUCUGUCGCUCUGAGACUGAACCGAACUGAGGGAUGGGUGGACGAACUGAGGACACUCAACUCAGUCAGAGCUGCUGAGCUCAUUUCUGUUUCCGACCGACUGAUGGCAGCAGAGAGAGACGUUGAAGAGUUUCAGGUGCGACUGAUGAAUGAGCUGAACCUGGAGGCUGAAGACCAGAUGAAGGUGGCGUUUUCAGCCGGUUUGACUAAUUCUGGAUCAGUUGGACCGUUUGAUGAAGAAACAGCUCUGAUCUUCUCCAAGACCAUCGUCAACGUCGGCCGAGCCUACAACCAGACGGCAGGCGUCUUCACCGCUCCGGUCCGAGGAGUUUACAUCUUCAGCUUCACGGUGGCAGAUUACCUGAAGGGGUACAUGGGUGUGUACCUGUACAGGAACAACCAGCCAAUCACCUUCAACCUAGACCUGAACGACCACGGCGGCUACGCCUCCACCUCCAACGCGGUGGCGCUGCAGCUGGAGGACGGAGACCGGGUUCAGCUCAGCCUCCCGGCCAGCUACCGGCUCUACGACGACACCAGGAACUUCAGCGUCUUCUCCGGGUUCCUGCUGUUCACACUCUGACCCGGCUGCAGUAAACCCCCCCUCUACAGACUGGCGGCAGGAGGGUGGGGGGUUAUCACUGAUCUGAGGGAUGAAAGGUUCACGCAAUAAAAAGCAUCAGAGGCUGAAAUGUUUCUGUUCGCUUUGUAAACGAUGAGACAAUAAAUUCAUUUAGUGUUAAACUUCUGAUCGACUGAUGUUUUUAGACGAAGCAGAAACUUAAGUUCAACAUGAAACUGCAGAAGGAAAAGAACAAACAUUUCAAUCAAACCUUUAUUAAAAUGAACGUUGGGUUUUUUCUAACAACAAUUAUCAAAACGUUCAAGUCUUGUUCAGUAGUGUCACAGAGUCAACGAAAACAACUUCAUCUAAAAACUAAAAGAGUCACAGAAUAAAAACCAAAAUGGCUUCAGGUCCUUCAUCAACGAGGAGGAGGAGGAACGACAGCAGGAUGUAAAUGAAGAGGAAGACGAGAGGCUGCUCUCUGAUGAAGAGGAGGGAGAGCAGGGAUUGGCUCUGGUGGAGUGAUGAUGAUGAAGAUGAUGAUGAAGGUGAUGAUG